CACCAUUCGAGAAAUCAUUAAGUUAUUCAGGCUGAACGCGGUGAAGCAGCUAUCCCAGAACUUUCUCCUGGACUUGAGGCUGACAGGUGACCUUGCACAAUGAAACAACAGACAAGGAACUGAAAAGUUCAGAGAAAUUAAAUUGGGAUAGGAGUUUAGUUAACAUGGAAGGAUUAGGUGAGAGAAUGUAUGUGAGUCACUCAUAACAGACAAAACCAUUUUUGGAUGAUGGAGAGACUAAUUUUUACCUUUUAGCCUACAAAGAUAGGUUAUUGAUAACAGAAGCAAAAGAAGACUACAGAGUCAGUGAACACUGCCAAUAAGUGCUGAUAAAAUUGUAAGGAAAGCUGGCAAUCUGACAAAUGCUUAUGUUUAUGAAGUGGGCCCUGGGCCAGGGGGAAUCACAAGAUCCAUUCUUAAUGCCAACGUUGCUGAACUUUUGGUAGUUGAAAAGGAUACUCGAUUCAUUCCUGGAUUGAAGAUGCUUUCUGAUGCAGCACCUGGAAAACUGAGAAUUGUUCAUGGAGAUGUGUUGACAUUUAAGAUAGAAAGGGCUUUUCCAGAAAGUCUUAAAAGAUGCUGGGAUGAUGAUCCUCCAAAUGUACAUGUUAUUGGAAAUCUUCCUUUUAGUGUUUCAACUCCACUGAUUAUCAAGUGGCUUGAAAGUAUUUCUCUUAGAGAAGGACCUUUUGCUUAUGGCAGAACUCAGAUGACUUUGACUUUUCAAAAGGAGGUGGCAGAGCUUUUGGCUUCAUUGAUUUCCUUUAUUGAGUUCAUCUCUGGCUUCCAUUUUAAAUCUACACAUUGGGAUUUGCAUCUCUGGAGACUUACGGCCAACACAGGAGGCAAACAGCGCAGUCGCCUUUCCAUCAUGGCCCAGUACCUCUGCGAUGUUCAGCACCUCUUUACAAUUCCAGGUCGAGCUUUUGUCCCCAAGCCAGAGGUGGAUGUGGGCGUGGUACACUUCACUCCCUUGGUACAGCCCAAGAUACAGCAGCCAUUCAAGCUGGUGGAAAAAGUCGUUCAGAACGUAUUCCAGUUCCGAAGGAAAUACUGCCAUCGAGGGCUUGGAAUGUUAUUCCCCGAAGCGCAGCGCUUAGAAAGCACGGGCAGGCUGUUACAGUGGGCGGACAUAGACCCUACCCUUCGGCCCAGGCAGCUAUCCAUCUCACACUUUAAGAGCCUCUGUGAUGUGUACAGGAAAAUGUGUGAUGAAGACCCGCACCUCUUUGCUUAUAAUUUCAGAGAAGAACUCAAGCAAAAUAAAAGUAAAACUCAGGAAAAAGACAAGGACAAAGAGAGUUACAGGCUGUAGCUACUGCUCUGGCGGCUGGCACCCUGCCAGAUGUUGAUUUUUCACAAUGGCGCUUUUUAUAUAUGUGUACUCUUUUGUCUUUACAGAAUGACAGUAAAAAUACCAAUGACCAGAUGUGACUUAUUUUCCUUUUACUGUACAGCUUGGUAGAGAAAAUAAUUAUCA